AUGCAGCUGUCUUUAACUCAUCCGUGCCUCUGUCCACUGCUUCUACUACUGAUGUCCAACCUGCUUUUGUGGGAAGAAGUGGCCUCAGUGCCCAUAUGUUUAAUGAGAAAUGGGCGUUGCUUUGCUUCUUUGGAAGAAAUGAUUGGUCGAGCAGUGAGCUUGUCUGAGCAAAUAAACAAAGAAGCAUUUGAAAUGUUCACUGAAUUCGAUAAUCAGUAUGCCCAGAGACAGCAGCUCAUUAACAAGAACCUGAAAAAGUGCCACACAUCUUCGCUUGAUCUUCCAAAACCCAGGAGUAAGGCUCUGAAGACACAUCCAGUCAUCCUACUGAAGUUAGUGGAAAACUUACUGGAUGCCUGGAAAGUCCCUCUGUACUAUCUAUCAAGAGAAAUGCCAACUCUGAAAGAUGUCCCUACUACUCUCCUCUCCAAAGCCAGAGAGAUUGAGAAAAAGAACGCUGGACUCCUGGCAGGGGUUAGGAGCAUUCUCAGCCAGGUUCAAAGUAAAGAUGAAGGGAAUGAGAAAUACCCUGCCUGGUCUGGAUUGGUAUCCUUGUUGUCAGACAGAGAAGAGGAACGCCAUUUUGCAUUUUAUAACUUGAUCCGCUGCGCAGGCAAAAAUGCUCAAAAGGUUGAAAUGUCUCUCAAGAUUGUAAAGUGCAAAAUAUUAAAGCAAAAAGACUGUUAA